AUGCAGAUAAAAAUCAGGAAAGAGGAACUUCUUCACGAAACAAUCCUAGAAUAGAUGGUCGGGAGGUUGAAGUAGAUGAUGACGAUGAAUUUUAUCAGGAAUUUCCUCCAGGUUAUUAUCAUGUUGUCAACAUUACAGAUUGUGAUCCACAAACUUUCUGUGCGUUGCUUCACUACCUUUAUACCAACGAGAUCGACUUUUCAGAGCCCGCUGGAACGGCAAAGAUAACGUCGCUCGUGCAUCUUUUUCGACUGGCCGACAAAUAUCAAAUAACUGAUUUGCGACAACGCACGUUAGCUCGGAUAUACAAAGAAUUGGCGAUAUCCAAUGUGGCAGAAGUACUGUUCAGUUUAGGUCAUCAAUGGAUGGAUUUAAAAAGAGUAUGUAUGGAUUACAUUUUAAAACACUUCACAGCAAUCAGAGAUACAGAAGGAUUUAAUAGAGUAUUCGAUCAUCCUGAAAAGUAUUCCGGAUUCAGCGAAAUUGCCAGGGAACUUUUCAGAAGAUUAAAAACUUCUGAAGAAAAAGAACUAUAA